AAUAUCAUAAUUCGACACUCACUCCUCCUUUCAUCUUCAUCUCUCCCGAGUUUCGCUGAUUUUCUUUCCACAAUACAUUCUCUAUACGAUUUGACAUUUCAAUCUUCAACUCCAAACAGUUGGGGCGAGGUGGUGCAGAUGGAACUUGAACCCAGUAAUCAGCCCAAGCAAGAGCGUUCGAGGACAAGAUGGACAGCAUCCCUUGACAGGAUAUUUGCAGACUUGGUUGUCAAGCAGAUUCAACUUGGGAACAGACAAAACGAUGUUUUUGACAAGAAAACGUGGAAUCACAUUCGUGAUGAGUUUAAUAAGCAAACAGACCUUAAUUUCAAUAAUAAUCAAUUGAGAAAACAUCUAGAUGUUCUUCGGACACGCUUCAAUAAUUUGAAACCUACUAAUGAUCAAAAUAAUGGUUUUGUAAUAGAUGAUCCCCUUUACGUUGGCUUUGAUCAGUGGGAAGAUAUCGGGCUUCCUGUGCAGACACAGCCGAGGAAUGAAACAGUUAAAGGAAAAGAUUGUCCGAUAUAUGAGCAGCUCUGCGCAAUAUUCAUAGACUCGCCUGCUGAUGGGAAAUACGCUCAAUCUAGUCAUUAUGAAGAGUUAGAUAAAACUGCCGGAUUCGAUGCUGCUGGCUUGACUUCAUGUCCAGAAAAUGGUGUCUCACAUUAUGAGAAUCAAUCAUCGUCAAAAUCCAUUCCAAGGAAUAUCUCAAAUGUUGAGAAAGUGACAAAGAAUUCACUUGAUAGGAAAAGAAAACGUCCUAAUGAGACACAAACUACUAGUUUGGAUCAAGACGCAUGCAACGCUAUGGCAGAAGCCUUGUUACAGAUGGUUUCGGUUUCAAGAUUAAGAGCGGUUGUUUCAAGUGCAAUUGAUGAUAAAUUUUCCAUAACAAAUUGCAUAAGGGCUCUGGAUGAAAUACAAGGCAUUGAUCAACAUCUUUACUUUUCUGCACUGGAUCUCUUUGAGGAUCCCAGUUUAAGAGAGACAUUCAUUUCAUUGAAAAGUGUCAAGAUACGGUUGGCAUGGUUACAAGGAAAAUGCAGUAAAAGUUCCCCCCGUUAGUUUAUAUCUAAGCCAUUUUGAAGUUGGCUUCAUUUACUUAGGCUAUAGACUUAGUAUACCCUUCUUUUUGUUUUGCUGUAAGUAGUUUUGUUUUAGUUUCUGCAAAUUUUGUCAACUUCUUACAAGAGCCAUUUCAUCUGAACAUGAUUCCUAUAGUUAUUUCUCCAGAUAUGAUGUUGAGGAUCCAUUUUAUUUAUCUACAUGUAUCUUUGACCCCUGUUAA